AUGCAGAGCAACUACUCCCUGGUCAUCACUACCAGAGAAACUCUCCAAGUCCUCUAUACAGCACUGACAAACUCAUCAGCUGUGUUGCGCUCACCCCCUCCCUGUCCACUUACCUCUUCAGAUUAUCAGUUCUCAUUAAUUCCACCCCUCUUCUCUGUGGUGUUUGUUCUGGGGUUGAUUGGCAACAGUGUGGUGGUUGUGGUGCUUUGCCAUCACAGUGGCCCCAAAACAGUCGCUAAUAUCUACAUUUUCAACCUCGCCAUGGCGGAUUUGCUGUGCCUCGCCACCCUUCCCUUCUGGGCUACCUACUACGCGCAGAGGUACAACUGGGUCUUUGGAUCUCUCAUGUGCAAAAUCUCCAGCUCUGUCCUGUGCUUGAACAUGUUUGCAAGUAUAUUUUUCAUUACGUGCAUGAGCAUGGACCGAUACCAUGCUAUUGUCCAUCCUAUUCGCUCUCAAAGAAGAACGCCACGACAAGCUUAUUUUAUAGCGCUGGUGGUGUGGGGCCUUGCCUGUUUGUCCUCCCUCCCAACUUUUUAUUUCCGUGACACUCACUACAUUGAGAGCUUGAGGGUCAAUGCUUGCAUUAUGGCCUUUCCUCAUGAGAAUUAUGCAAAAUGGUCUGUGGCAGCAGCCUUCCUGAAAAAUGCACUUGGCUUCUUCAUCCCUUUGACAGCAAUCACCACCUGCUACAUCUGGAUCAGGAGGCACUUGCUCAAAGCACAGGAGUUUGGGAAAACCAAGCAAAAGAGGGACAAAGUCCUGAAGCUGGUGGCUGCUGUUGUUGUGGCCUUCUUAAUUUCCUGGCUCCCAUUCCACAUUUUAACGUUUUUGGAUGCCUUGGCUCAUAUGAACAUCAUUAACAACUGUGACGUGACAGCGAUCAUUGACACAGCGCUGCCGUUCAGCAUCUGCAUGGCAUUCGCCAACAGCUGCAUCAACCCUUUGCUGUACUGUUUUAUCGGGAACCAGUUCCAGGAGAAGCUCCAUCGCUUGUUUAAGCGACGAGUUUCUCAGUUCAACAGCCAUCGAGAGAGCUCUUCGUUGAGGAAAGGGAGCUGCUUCAGAGAUGCUGAGACCCCUGUGGCCAGGGAAGGGGGGCCUGAGUCUUUGCUGUAG